UCCAUCAUGGCUGCCAGUUUGUGAGCGCAGGAGAAUCGUACCUGAAACUUACCAGAGUCAUACAACUUAAUUUACAUCUGCUUAUACAUAAUGGGCUCGUCUAAAAAACAUAAAGAAAAGGAUAAGGACAGAGACCGCGAAAGAAGGAGGGAGAAAGACCGAAAACACCGUGAUCGAGACAAAGAGCGUGAGAAGGACGGAGACAGAGAAAGAAGAAGAAACGAUGAGCGACAUCGCGAGAAGCGAGCUCAUGGAUCGGAUGAAGAGACGGAGAGAGUUGAGAAGAAGAAAUCAAAGAGAGAAGAGUAUGAUGACCUCUAUGAGUACGCCAUAGAGGAAUCGGCUCGCGAAGAUCGCAGCAGUGAUGUACAGCCCAAGCAAGAGGGUGGAGAAAUUUCGUUAAGCAUCGAGGAGACUAAUAAACUGAGAAUCAAACUUGGACUAAAGCCACUUGAAGUUACUGAUUCGUCUGGAACACAGGAAGAAAAUUCAUCUUCCAAGAAAGAAGAUGUUCAUGUGCCAGCAAUCAACAUGGCAGACCAGAAAGAGACUGAAAAGUUUAAAAGGAAACUGGAAGAAAUGAAAGAAAAGAGAAGAAUUAACAAAAAGCUAGGAAAAGUGAAAAGCCUAGGAGCUGCAGACAGUGAUGAUGAUGACACUGCCAUGUCAUGGGUUCUGAAGAGUAGAAAAAAAGAGAAAGAAAAGAGUUUGGCUGAAAAAAGGGCACAACUUCUGGAAGAAAUGGAUGAAGAAUUUGGGAUAAGUGAUUUGGUGGAGGAAGAAUUUGGAUCUCACUCUAGACCAAAGAAAACGGCAUACUCCAGCCAGGAUCUCAGAGGCAUAAAAGUUGAACAUUCACAAGAACAUUUUACGGAGGGUUCCACAGUGAUCAUGACCUUAAAAGAUGCUGCUGUCCUUGAUGAAGAUGAACAAACUUUGGUAAAUGUAAAUAUUGUGGACAGAGAAAAGGCAAAUAAAAAUGUUGAACUGCGGAAAAGAAAACCAGAUUACAAACCGUAUGAUGAGUCAGAAAUUGAUGAAUAUGGCAAGGUCAAACAGAGAGGACUUUUGGAGAAAUAUGAUGAAGAAAUUGAUGGAGAAGAAAAGAAAUCUUUUGUUCUUGGUUCAGGAGGAACUUAUGACUCAACUAAGGAAAAUGAAGUUAAAAAGAUACAAGCAAAACUUAAAGCACAGAUGGUAUCGCUCGAAAUGGCGCAGCCACGGCCAGUUGCAGAAUACUAUACUCAGGAAGAAAUGGUAACAUUUAAGAAGCCAAAGAAGAAGAGAAAGAUUAAAAGGAGAGAAACUCUCAAGGCAGAUGACCUCGAGGCACUACCGGGACAAACAGAUUUGCGUAGUGAUCGAGGAUCAAGAAGUGUGAAGUCCAUACUGAAAAAUGCACACAAGAUGGAGGAGAAAGAAGAAACAGGCGACAUGAUGGAACUUGAUCCUUUGGAGCCCGAAGACGAAGAAGUUCCUAUGACUGAUACAGACAAUGCUGCUUUAGCCGAAGAUGAUGAAGCCCAGUUAGAGCUACAACUGGCACUAGAGAGGUCACGUCGUUUAAAACAGAAGAAAUCAACGAUUGGCGCAGAAAAG